CUCUUCCCGCGGGCGUCAUGGCGGAGGCGGCCCUGGAUACUGUGCGUAAUGUGUUACAGGAGUUCCCGGCGGCGGCUCGCGACCUCUGUGUACCUCGUGCUGUGCCCUACCUGGAUGAGCCCCCAAGUCCACUCUGCUUCUACCGGGAUUGGGUGUGUCCCAAUAGGCCCUGCAUUAUUCGCAAUGCCCUGCAGCACUGGCCAGCCCUCCAGAAGUGGUCCCUCUCCUACUUAAGAGCCACAGUGGGCUCCACAGAGGUGAGUGUGGCUGUGACCCCAGAUGGUUACGCGGAUGCUGUGCGAGGGGACCGAUUUGUGAUGCCUGCUGAACAUCGUCUGCCCAUGAGCCAUGUGCUGGAUGUGUUGGAGGGUCGGGCCCAGCACCCAGGAGUCCUCUAUGUGCAGAAACAGUGCUCCAAUCUGCCCACUGAGCUGCCUCAGCUUCUGUCAGACAUGGAGUCCCAUGUACCCUGGGCCUCUGAGUCACUGGGAAAGAUGCCUGAUGCUGUGAACUUCUGGCUGGGGGAGGCAGCUGCAGUGACAUCCUUGCACAAGGACCACUAUGAGAAUCUGUACUGUGUGGUCUCUGGCGAGAAACACUUCUUGUUACAUCCACCCAGUGACCGGCCCUUCAUCCCCUAUGGUUUGUACACACCGGCGACCUACCAGCUGACCGAAGAGGGCACUUUUAGGAUGGUAGAUGAGGAGGCCAUGGAGAAGGUGCCCUGGAUUCCACUGGACCCCCUGGCUCCAGACCUGGUCUGCUACCCCAGUUACAGCCAGGCACGGGCCCUUCACUGCACAGUUCGGGCAGGCGAACUGUUGUACCUACCAGCUAUGUGGUUCCACCAUGUCCAGCAGUCCCACGGCUGCAUUGCUGUGAAUUUCUGGUAUGACAUGGAGUAUGACCUCAAGUACAGUUACUUCCAGCUACUGGACUCCCUCACUAGAACCACAGGCCUUGACUGAUGGGACCCUCACAGACACUGCAAGCUGAUGUGUGGGGGGUUGAUUCUAGCUGUUGCCUGGGUUCCUGUGUGGGUUGAGAUCAGCCUUGAAGAAAUUUGGAAUAUAGUUGGAGGACCAGGAGAUGCCAGACAGGUCUGGGUGAGGGUGUCCAGGAAGUUGCCACACAGGUGACAAGGAAACAUGGAUCAGGCACAGCAGUGCUUCUCACCAGUGCUAUGACCUUGGGUGAGUCACUGCAUGUUGGCAUCAGUCAUUUGGCUGUAAAGUGGAGAUAAUGAUGGCUCUAGCUCCCAGGGCUGUUGUGGGAUAGACAUGGACCAACAUAAAUAAAAGGUGGCGUUGAUAAA